GGUCUUCCUCGUGUGCCUAGAAGUCAGAAAACAUCACUGGCUGGAUGCUUCAGUCUAGGAAUUAGCAACAUUAUUCAAGUAAGAUAAGCAAUUCGGAAACGUAUACAUCAUCAAUUUGUAAACGAAAUGGUUAUCAAUCAGUCACAAAACAUGUUUUUGCUUGUGUUACUGUGUAAUUUAGUUGGUUAGCGAUGCUGUGGAACACCACGUGGGCCUAGCUAGCCAGCUAACGUACUGCAGCGGAACUUGGCUAUGGUCACUGGAUCUCACCAAGUCUUCUAACAAAUGUAGUUGUCAGAAUUGACUUAACUAGCUAGUUAUUACAAUAGUACUAGUAACUGUUUUAUACAUUGUUUUGUAUGUUGUAACUAUAAUGUAGCCUGGUCCCAGAUCUGUUUGUGCUCUUGCCUAACGUUACUCCUUUGCUGUCCUUGUCAAGCCAAACAGGACAAUUCCAUAAGGAGUUUGCAAGGGGGCAGACACAGACUGGCACCCAGGGUUGCUAUAAUGCACAUUGUACACUUGUUGCACUGUUUAGCCUACAUUAUGCUGAUACUCUUGCCCUUCUGAAAUGCAUUGAAGUCAAAAGGGCUAACAUUAGCUGAUGCUCCAGUUGUUGUCAUCCCUUGUCUGUUCUCCAAUCCACCAUCAUCACUAUCUCAUCCUCCCUAUCUCAUCCUGCCUAGCCUGUGAUAUCGCCCUGAUCUUGCGACCAUGGGGUUGACCAAGCAGUACCUGCGCUAUGCUGCCAGCGCCGUGUUUGGAGUAAUAGGGAGCCAGAAGGCCAACAUCGCCUUUGUCACCAUGCGAGGAGGGGAGAGAGGACGCUUUGUGGCUGUGGCUGCCUGCGAGCAUGUCUUCAUAUGGGACGUGCGUAAAGCAGAGAAGGUGAGAGACUUGCGAUGAUCUGUUCAUGUAGUGUUGACAGUGGAUUUGUCAGUAGGCUACUGCUGCUGUCAUAGCCAAUAUCAGGGUCAUCAUUGCUGACAGUGCUCUUAUAACUGGGCAUGAAAUGUCCUAACCAAUGGCUAUCGAUAACUCAAAUAAGAUGACUUGGCCAGUGAUACCAAAUUGUAACUCUAUGUAUCACCAGUAUUUCCUCAUAGUGAGAGAUGACAUAUUAGGUUAAUGUCUUUCUUUGAAACUGUCUCCUCUGUCCCAAGGUUCUUAUUCUCAAGGGGAACAAGCACGAGGUGACGUACCUCUGCUCCUCCCCUGAUGGUGUCCAUGUUGCCGUGGGUUAUGAGGACGGGGCAGUGCGCAUCUUCAGCCUAUUGAACGGCGAGAGCAAUGUGUCCUUCAACGGGCACAAGUCCGCAGUCACUGUGAUCCGUUAUGACACUCUCGGUGCUCGGCUGGUGACCGGAUCCAGGGUAAGAACAGAACUAUGCUGCCAUAGAGAUGGCAAGAUCCCUAGGAUGACCACCGUCGUGACGUCAUGGUUAAGCUAAGGCUUUUGCAUUUAAAAUAUGAUUAGUAAUAUGUCCAUUAUUAUCUCCUUUCCUUUCAGGACACGGAUGUGAUUGUGUGGGAUGUGAUCAACGAGUGUGGUCUGUACCGACUGAAAGGACACAAAGACGCUGUCACACAGGCCCUGUUCCUCAAAGACAAGAACCUCCUGGUCUCCAGGUAGUACACCACUCAUAUGUAGGGCUCUGAGUUUCUGUCUCGGCCUUUGGUACUGUUAAGGCAUCAGCAUGCUUCGGUUCGAACUCGGCUAGGCAAACUGAACGAGUGUGCUCGCAUACUCUCUUAAAGGUCCUGAACAGUCAUUCUAAAAAGUACUUUUUCUCUCAUGGCUAACUACCAGGAAGUUUGAAAAGACUGGCUGAGUUGGCAGGGAGCUUAUAUUCAUGAGCUCGCCUUGACUGACAGCUCUUUGAAACGCCUAUGUCAGGGAACUUGGAUGCAGUGUUGCAGUGUUGCAGUAAAAUCAUCUCAAACAAAUUUGGUGAUACACAAAGCAACUCAAACAACAUUGAAAUUGCAUCAAAGAUAUCACUGUUCUUUUUAUACAUCUCCUGUUUGGCAUGUCUCUUGUAAUGCGGUUCACAGCAGCACUGACGGAUGUGAUGACUUAUCAACUGCUUCAGAGUUUUGAACGCCCCCUCCCCCCUUUUUGUUCCAUGCUGGCUGAAUAUCAUGUUACCAUUGGUGUAUUAAAAUGAGACUUAAGGUGAUGUCACCUUGUCCACUUAAUAAUGAAUCCAAGUGUUUGACAUGGGGAGGGGACCAGUAACUUUAUGAUCAAACUUUAUCAAUGUAGAACAUUUUUCAUACUUUGGUUAGGUUUCCUUCAAAUAUCAUCAAAUUUUAUGAAAACCAUGGUUUUUACUGUUCAUGUCCUUUAAAAGACCGUCACUUGAAAAACACAGCAAUAGUACUGUUUGUUCAUUUUGAGACGCCGUAGCCAGAAUACACUUCCUCAAAAUAGUCAGAAUUACUCAAAGAUAACUCAAGAAGUCGGUCAUUAAUUUUGAAGGUUUUGCAGAGGAGAUCUUAGUCACAUAAUUUUACAUCUAACUAAGAUGUUUGGUGCAGUAUUUCUCAAGUGGAAAAAUUUGCAUUAGAACACUUUAUUGAAGAAUCCCUACUGUUGACCAAUCACCAACGAAGGGGCGUAGACUUCGGCUACCGACUUUGACUUGCCUCGAGCCAAAAUGUUGUGUGCACGAACAGCCUAAAAAACCCUUGCCAAAGACCAAAACGAACAAAAACUUCACAAAAUGUCGUCAUAAUAUAGGCAUGAACUGUUUCGGGAAGCAUUCGGAAGCCUUUAGUGUUCUAGCGUUGAGAGACGAGGGGCGCAGGUUGGAUGCCAGCUAGGGAAAGUUACCGCCCCCUGACUUUGCUGCAAUACUGUGGUUCUCGAUGUCUGAAUGGUCUUUCUGUUGUUUUCUCCAGCUCAAAGGACAGCUUUGUAAAGUGGUGGGACCUGGACACCCAGCACUGCUUUAAGACCAUGCUGGGACAUCGCAGUGAGGUGAGUGCUUCCUGUCUAGCUUAACAUUUGAUUAUGUCACACGUGUUGUUGACAUUGGAUGGUGUUCUAAGAGGUUAUUGGGUCACUUGUCUGAUUUAGAUAAGUGUCUCUCAAAGAUGACUCGAUCUGAUUGGAUCACCUUGGUUGUGUGUUUGUCAGGUGUGGGGGAUGGCACUGCUGAACCAAGAGAGUAGAUUGAUAACAGGCUCAGCCGACAGUGAGCUCCGGGCCUGGGACAUCAACUACCUACAGGAGGUAAGCACAGAGAAGAGCUACAAUGAGCCUUCUACACACAUAACUACAUAUAUUGGACAAUAAUGAAAAAGUUAAAAAUAUCUUAUCUGAAUAAAAUGCUAGUUGAGUCCUUCUCUCUCGGAUUGUGCGUCGUUCAGGGCAAAGAGGCUGGUGAACCGAAGGAGAAGAAAGGGAAAAGCCUGCUUGAUGAUGAGGAGGAGGAAGUUGUGGACGAGAGCCCUGAGGAGGUACGACAGACUAUGAUCCUCUACUGGGCAAAAUACCACAAUUGGUUACCUACAGCACUAGUUAAUCAGUUAAUCUAGAAAAAACUCUGACGAAGUAUUGUAGCUAGUAAUGAAUGUCAUAUUUACUGUCUAAUAGCAUGUGUAUCUGACAUCUGUGUCUGUUUCAUACUUUUCUCUCUCUCUCUCACUCACUCACUCAGAGGAUCCUGAGUUGUAAGAAAGCUGGCUCUUUACUGAGAGAGGCCAGGGACAGGGUGGUCUCCAUGACUACUGAUGCCAAGGCAAAGGUCCUGGCGUGCCAUGUAAGUAUUGACCUUUGACCAUUUAAUGUUGGUACAGUGUCACUUACCCUCCAGUCAUAUUGAUUUAUUGUCAUACAUUUCUCAGAUCACUAAUAUGUGUGUUCUUCCCUCUGAUCUUUCCUCCUUUUCCCCAUCCCCCUCUUUGGUUAGGGCUCAGACGCAGUGCUGGAGGUGUUCAGUGUGCUGCCAGAGGACGAGGUGGAGAGGGUGAUGGCCAAGAAGCUGAAGAGAGCCAAGAAGAAGGCCAGGUAUGUCGCACACAGUAGAGAUCACACUGUCACCUCAGUCACGGCAGGGACCAGUCUGCAGAUGUAGCCAAAGUUGGGCCAGACAGAUACUGCAAAGCCUUCAGAGAUGAUUUGAAAAAAUAAAACGUGGAAUCUAAUUCCAAUCAAACUACCGUAAAUACUUCCAAUGUUUAUGAAUACAGUUAUGUUGAUGAAAUUGGUGAAAUGUAAAGAUGAGGUGCUGCUGCCCCCUGGUGUAGGGAUGCACAGGGUGCAGAGGAGGACGCCGCUCCAGAUCCUGUGGUGGAAAGGAAACUAGCAAAUGAGAUUGUGAGACUGACCAACAUCAAGGCCUCCGCCAAGAUCAGGUACACAGCAACACACAUGCGCACACACACGCACACUCACACACUCAAGCAACCAACCAACAUUUUGUGUCACGUAUAUCCCAGAUGGGUGGACUGCUUGCUGUGUGCGGGUGGGGAGUUGAAGGUAGCCAUGCUGCUCCAGAACAACACAGUGGAAACCUACAGCCUCAAGACGUCUGACAAAAACCCCACGGUCACUAAGACCUCCCGGCUCACACUGGGAGGCCACCGCACCGAUGCCCGCACGCUGGCCUUCAGCUCAGACAACAUCGCUGUCCUCUCCGCCUCCGGGGACACCGUCAAAGUCUGGAACAGGUGGGAAUGUCAGUUCACACAGGACUGGGAUUGACCUGACCAUGUGGUUUCACUGUACAAGUUAAAUCUAGUUAAUUAAACUGGCUUUCCAGCAUCUUUUAAAGGUGACUCACAUUAUGACACCUAGACACAUACUGUAUUAUAAGCAGUUUUUUACAUUCUGAUUGGGUGUCUAACGGGAAGUCUCUCCCCCUGUCACAGGUCUACCCUGCAGGUGAUUCGCACCAUGGAGUGUGAGUACGCCCUCUGCUCCCUGUUCGUCCCUGGAGACAGGCAGAUCAUCCUAGGAACCAAGGUAACACACAUGCAUGCACACACUAACAUACACCAAACUACUGCAGAUGUGUAUUAUCCAGUAUUAAACUAUUGCGUGUAACCCAGGCUAACCUUCUCUCUCUCCGAUCAGAGUGGUAAGAUUCAGAUCUUUGACCUGGCAUCAGGAACCCUCCUGGAGACUGUCGACGCCCAUAACGGAGCUCUGUGGUCCCUCUGUCUGUCUCCUGAUCAGGUAUUGUCUGUCUCGGUCUGUGUAUCUCCCUGUCCAUGUUCAACAUCAUCCACAAUACAUGUAGCGUUUUCAUGAGUCUCAUCUUCUAAAGUGCCAAUCUCCAUUACAACUCCAUAGGCCCCUUAUCUGUAGACAAAAGUCCAUACAAUUGUAUUUGUGUUCAAACAUUCCCAUUAGCUCUGACUGUUUAUUUGACUGUAAUGAUGUGGUUUCCUCAGAGGGGGAUAGUGACGGGCGGGGCUGACAAGACGGUGAAGUUCUGGGAGUUUGAGCUGAUUAAGGACAAAGAUGCUACACAGAAGUACGCCAAGUUUUAUUCCUUCUGUUUCACAUAGUGUCAAUAACACUUAGAAUGCUGUUUCAUGCUAGAGGCAACUAGUUCUGUGCCCAGUCAGGCUGCAUGCUGUUAUUCAAGUGAGCUUUUAUUGAGUGAGCACUUGAUUGGAGUUUCUGUUGACUCUGCUCUAAUUGUUUGUGUUUGUGUGUUGCAGGAGGCUGACGGUGAAACACAUGCGUACACUGCAGCUGGAUGAGGAAGUGUUGUGUGUGAAAUAUUCUCCUGACCAGAGACUGUUGGCUGUCUCCCUGCUGGACUGCACUGUCAAGGUCUUCUACACAGACACACUGAAGUUCUUCUUGUCUCUGUAUGGACACAAGCUGCCUGUGCUCUGCCUGGACAUCUCUCAUGUGAGUACCGGUACUCAUCCUAGCAACACCAAACUAAAUGAUAAACGAAUGUAAUGUGUGACAGUAGAUGAAAUGGAAUGUGCAUACUUGAGUGUGUGUUGGUUAAAGUAUGUGUCCAAUCUGUCUUGACUCUGAAUGUUGCUUCUUCUCCAUCUCAGGACAGUGCCUUGAUAGCAACCGGCUCUGCAGACAGAAACGUCAAGAUCUGGGGUCUGGACUUUGGGGACUGUCACCGAUCUAUGUUUGCCCACGAUGACAGGUACAGAAAAAAAUAUUACGUGUGUGUGUGUGUGAAUGUAUGUAUGUAUAUGUGUGUGUGUGUGUGUGUGUGUGUGUGUGUGUAUAUAUAUAUAUAUAUAUAUAUAUAUAUAUAUAUAUAUAUAUAUAUAUAUAUAUAUAUAUACAUACAUACAGUGGGGAAAAAAAGUAUUUAGUCAGCCACCAAUUGUGCAAGUUCUCCCACUUAAAAAGAUCAGAUAGGCCUGUAAUUUUCAUCAUAGGUACACGUCAACUAUGACAGACAAAUUGAGGGAAAAAAAUCCAGAAAAUCACAUUGUAGGAUUUUUUAUGAAUUUAUUUGCAAAUAAUGGUGGAAAAUAAGUAUUUGGUCACCUACAAACAAGCAAGAUUUCUGGCUCUCACAGACCUGUAACUUCUUCUUUAAGAGGCUCCUCUGUCCUCCACUCGUUACCUGUAUUAAUGGCACCUGUUUGAACUUGUUAUCAGUAUAAAAGACACCUGUCCACAACCUCAAACAGUCACACUCCAAACUCCACUAUGGCCAAGACCAAAGAGCUGUCAAAGGACACCAGAAACAAAAUUGUAGACCUGCACCAGGCUGGGAAGACUGAAUCUGCAAUAGGUAAGCAGCUUGGUUUGAAGAAAUCAACUGUGGGAGCAAUUAUUAGGAAAUGGAAGACAUACAAGACCACUGAUAAUCUCCCUCGAUCUGGGGCUCCACGCAAGAUCUCACCCCGUGGGGUCAAAAUGAUCACAAGAACGGUGAGCAAAAAUCCCAGAACCACACGGGGGGACCUAGUGAAUGACCUGCAGAGAGCUGGGACCAAAGUAACAAAGCCUACCAUCAGUAACACACUACGCCGCCAGGGACUCAAAUCCUGCAGUGCAAGACGUGUCCCCCUGCUUAAGCCAGUACAUGUCCAGGCCCGUCUGAAGUUUGCUAGAGUGCAUUUGGAUGAUCCAGAAGAGGAUUGGGAGAAUGUCAUAUGGUCAGAUGAAACCAAAAUAGAACUUUUUGGUAAAAACUCAACUCGUCGUGUUUGGAGGACAAAGAAUGCUGAGUUGCAUCCAAAGAACACCAUACCUACUGUGAAGCAUGGGGGUGGAAACAUCAUGCUUUGGGGCUGUUUUUCUGCAAAGGGACCAGGACGACUGAUCCGUGUAAAGGAAAGAAUGAAUGGGGCCAUGUAUCGUGAGAUUUUGAGUGAAAACCUCCUUCCAUCAGCAAGGGCAUUGAAGAUGAAACGUGGCUGGGUCUUUCAGCAUGACAAUGAUCCCAAACACACCACCCGGGCAACGAAGGAGUGGCUUCGUAAGAAGCAUUUCAAGGUUCUGGAGUGGCCUAGCCAGUCUCCAGAUCUCAACCCCAUAGAAAAUCUUUGGAGGGAGUUGAAAGUCCGUGUUGCCCAGCGACAGCCCCAAAACAUCACUGCUCUAGAGGAGAUCUGCAUGGAGGAAUGGGCCAAAAUACCAGCAACAGUGUGUGAAAACCUUGUGAAGACUUACAGAAAACGUUUGACCUGUGUCAUUGCCAACAAAGGGUAUAUAACAAAGUAUUGAGAAACUUUUGUUAUUGACCAAAUACUUAUUUUCCAUCAUAAUUUGCAAAUAAAUUCAUUAAAAAUCCUACAAUGUGAUUUUCUGGAUUUUUUUUUCUCAUUUUGUCUGUCAUAGUUGACGUGUACCUAUGAUGAAAAUUACAGGCCUCUCUCAUCUUUUUAAGUGGGAGAACUUGCACAAUUGGUGGCUGACUAAAUACUUUUUUCCCCCACUGUAUAUAUAUAUAUACAGUUGAAGUUGGAAGUUUACAUACACCUUAACCAAAUACAUUUAAACUCAGUUUUUCACAAUUCCUGACAUUUAAUCCUAGUAAAAAUUCAUUCCCUGUUUUAGGUCAGUUAGGAUCACCACUUUAUUUUAAGAAUGUGAAAUGUCAGAAUAAUAGUAGAGAUAAUUAUUUUAUUUCAGCUUUUAUUUCUUUCAUCACAUUCCCAGUGGGUCAGAAGUUUACAUACACUCAAUUCGUAUUUGAUAGCAUUGCCUUUAAAUUGUUUAACUUGGGUCAAACGUUUCGAGUAGCCUUCCACAAGCUUCCCACAAUAAGUUGGGUGAAUUUUGGCCCAUUCCUCCUGACAGAGCUGGUGUAACUGAGUCAGGUUUGUAGGCCUCCUUGCUCGCACACGCUUUUUCAGUUCUGCCCACACAUUUUCUGUAGGAUUGAGGUCAGGGCUUUGUGAUGGCCACUCCAAUACCUUGACUGUGAUGUCCUUAAGCCAUUUUGCCACAACUUUGGAAGUAUGCUUGGGGUCAUUGUCCAUUUGGAAGACCCAUUUGCGACCAAGCUUUAACUUCCUGACUGAUGUCUUGAGAUGUUGCUUCAUUUUACAUUUUAGUCAUUUAGCAGACGCUCUUAUCCAGAGCGACUUUUACAGUUAGUGAGUGCAUACAUUUCUUUUUUCAUACUGGCCCCCCGUGGGAAUCGAACCCACAACCCUGGCGUUGCAAGCGCCAUGCUCUACCAACUAAGCUACACAGGGCUUCAGUAUAUCCACAUAAUUUUACUUCCUCAUGAUGCCAUCUAUUUUGUGAAGUGCACCAGUCCCUCUUGCAGCAAAGCAUCCCCACAGCAUGAUGCUGCCACCCCCGUGCUUCACGGUUGGGAUGGUGUUCUUCGGCUUGCAAGCAUCCCCCUUAACGAUGGUCAUUAUGGCCAAACAGUUCUAUUUUUGUUUCAUCAGACCAGAGUACAUUUCUCCAAAAAGUACGAUCUUUGUCCCCAUGUGCAGUUGCAAACCGUAGUCUGGCUUUUUUAUGGCGGUUUUGGAGCAGUGGCUUCUUCCUUGCUGAGCGGCCUUUCAGGUUAUGUCGAUAUAGGACUCGUUUUACUGUGGAAAUAGAUACUUUUGUACCUGUUUCCUCCAGCAUCUUCACAAGGUCCUUUGCUGUUGUUCUGGGAUUGAUUUGCACUUUUUGCACCAAAGUACGUUCAUCUCUAGGAGACAGAACGCGCCUCCUUCCUGAGUGGUAUGACGGCUGCGUGGUCCCAUGGUGUUUAUACUUGCGUACUAUUGUUUGUACAAAUGAACGUGGUACCUUCAGGCGUUUGGAAAUUGCUCCCAAGGAUGAACCAGACUUGUGGAGGUCUACAAUUAUUUUUCUGAGGUCUUGGCUGAUUUCUUUUGAUUUGAUCAUGAUGUCAAGCAAAGAGGCACUGAGUUUGAAGGUAGGCCUUGAAAUACAUCCACAGGUACACCUCCAAUUGACUCAAAUGAUAUCAGAAGCUUCUAAAGCCAUGACAUCAUUUUCUGCAAUUUUCCAAGCUGUUUAAAGGCACAAUCAACUUAGUGUAUGUAAACUUCUGACCCACUGGAAUUGUGAUACAGUGAAAUAAUCUGUCAGUAAACAAUUGUUGGAAGAAUUAUUUGUGUCAUGCACAAAGUAGAUGUUCUAACCGACUUGCCAAAACUAUAGUUUGUUAACAAGAAAUUUGUGGAGUGGUUGAAAAACGAGUUUUAAUGACUCCGACCUAAGUGUAUGUAAACUUCCUGUAUAUCUUAAUAUGAAUAUAGAAUAUACUGCCAGAACACAUCAUCCUAAGCUGUCAGCCAUAUGGCCGGUGUAAAUGGCUCAAUGUGAAUGCUUGACCAACGGUCUUGAAUGAUAUUUAAUAGACGUUGGCUGCACUCUCUCCAUUUCCAGUAAAAUAUUUAAUUUCAUCUCCAGUUUCAGAAACAUUGUCCUUGUUAGCUGCCUCUGACCGAUGACAUCACCCCAUCUGCUCUUUCAUGUCGCCGUUUUUUCCAAUUUCUCAUCUGUUUUUUUUUCUCUCACUCUUGCUUUUCUCAGCGUCAUGUUCCUUCAGUUUGUCCCCAAAACCCAUCUGUUCUUCACAGCGGGGAAGGACAAGAAGAUCAAACAGUGGGACGCAGACAAGUUUGAGCACAUCCAGACCUUAGAGGUGACAUUCACUCCCAUGCUGUUAGCUACAUUUCCCAUAAGGAGAUGAGGCCUAGAGUUCCGGGAUAAAAAAAUUGUUGAAUAUUGAUAAAUGACAUAACCAAUUAUAAAAAUGCUUUUUCUUUCCCAUUGGUGGAAUUACAUUUCCCUUCCUUAAUUGACUAAAUUGAAAAUGGAUUUGACCCCACCCUAGUGUUGACCUUUAACAGCUGACCCCUGUGUGUGAUGUGCCAUCCUCAGGGUCACCAUCGGGAGGUGUGGUGUCUGGCCAUCAGUCCUAACGGGGACCACAUUGUGUCCUCGUCCCAUGACAAGUCCCUGAGGCUCUGGGAGAGGACCAGAGAACCGAUCAUCCUGGCGGAGGAGAGAGAGAUGGUGGGUAGUGGUGCCCCAGAAACAUGCUCUGUCUGUAGGUAAAAGGGAAGGGAGAUAGUGGACACCAAUCAGAUUUUAUCUUGAACUUUUUCACCCUCUCAAAUGUUUUUCUUUAGGAGAGAGAGGCUGAGUUUGAGGAGGGCAUGGCCAAAGGGGAUGAGCCUGUGGUAAGUGCUGACUUUACUUAAAACCAGUGGAAAUAAAAAGGUUAGUUUUCUCAGGGUCGUUUAGUGUCUGUCUCACUGACGUCUUGUGUGUCUCACAGGUUCCAGGAGAGAUCAAAGACGCAGAGGCAGCACCAGCGGCGAAGAAAACCAUAGAGACAGUCAAAGCUGUGAGUCUCCAUGUCAAAGAACUAGACUGCAGAGAUGGAGAGGUUGUGUGUGCACGUUCAGAUAGGUGUGUGUGUAGUUUGUAACGGCCGGUGUGUGUGUGUCUCUUCAGGCUGAGCGUGUCAUGGAGGCUCUGGAGCUGUACAGAUCAGAGAGCAGGAACAUGGAGGAGCAUCAGAUAGCAUGCCAGUCAUCCGGAAAACAGUUGCCUCCACCUAAGGCCAAUCCUAUCCUUGUGGCCUUUGGAAACGUUUCUGUACGUUUUUAAUUCCAUCUGAAAUUAUCAUGAUACAUACAUAGCCCAGGGUACUAGUUCUGUUCCUCACUAAUCUAUCAUGUUACCAUAGUAACCACAUCCUCCUGCCUCUUGCAGCCGUCUCGCUACGUCUUGGACGUGAUAAAGAAGGUCCGAUCCAGUGAGCUGGAGGUGUCUCUGCUGGUCCUGCCGUUCCCCUACAUCCCAGACCUGCUGUCUCUCUUCAACUGCUAUGUCCAGGACGGCCUGGAGGUGGAGCUAGUGUGCCGCUGCCUCUUCUUCCUGCUCAGGUACGCUAGCCUUUGACGCCAGGCUUCUCAAGUAGUGUGAAAACCUGGGGAAGUUCUCCUCAGGAAGAGGUGGAGUACGGUGGAGUCUAGAUUCAAACUAGUGACGCGUUGCCACUUAUCAAACCAAUCAACUAUUUUGCAUAGGUGGAGCUCCAAAAAGAUGUGCUGUUUCUGAAAAUAAUUCUGACUUGCAACAAGCUAGCUACAAUAAGAAAAAAAAUUAAGUUACUCUGCAUAGACUAAUAAAACUUUGUCCGACACAAGGUAGGAAAAGAGGCACAAACAAAAUGGGAAAAACAAGGAAAUGCCUCUCCUGAAGGGAAACGUCAUUUCUACUCAGUAUAUAAAAUGUGAGCGUUAACAGCCAGCGUUCUCCAGACUUACAAUAGUCGAGUCAACAAGACGAGAUUUGGAAGGAUGACCCCUCGACUACGGUUAUGCUAACAAACAAUCUCACACCAAUCAGAAGUGUUUGUCACUCAGUUUGUGUAUUUCUCCCAUAUGCAAACAACCUCACACAAGUGUAUGUCUGGUGUCUCCGAGGUACAUGAAGUGUGAGUGUGGGUAGAUGAGCCUCAUGUACAGUUUGUCAGGGUCUGUCCUCACUGUGCUUGUCCUUGUCUCUCCAGGAUCCACUUUGGCCAGAUCUCCAGUAACCAGAUGCUGCUGACCGUCAUAGACGAGCUGAGAACCAACACUAUCUCUAAAGUCAGAGAGAUCAGGGUGAGUCUAAUCAGAGAAUAUAGAAAAAUGUACUCUAAAGGCUGAUGUUCCACAAGUCAUAUAAAACUGUUAAUCUCUUCUGCUCCAGGAUGUUCUGGGAUUCAACAGUGCUGCUCUCCAGUUCCUCCAGAGGGAGGUCGAGAGCAAAGAGGAGGUAAUGUUCUUCGCUGACGCCACCGGCCGCCUCGAAGAGAGGAGGAGGAAGAGGAAGAAGAGAGAGAGAGCUAUUCUCACUAUCGCCUGAAUCACCACAGGAAUCAAACUUUUUAAAAAAUAAUUUAAAAAAAUAGCCCACAUGAUGACCAGUAGGCUACUGCAGGGGUGGCCUUAAGCAGAGAUUUACACUGUUAGUUUUUUAUCUGAACUGUUAUAGGAUCCUGAUAGGACAUAACACUGUGUUAUUCAAUGACAUGCUUCAUUUCCCAAAUAAACUGUCUGAGUUACUCAUGCCGAGCCUCGCUCCCUCAGGUUUUACAGAAGGCCUGUGAAUGAAUAAAUCCACUGCUCCCUAACUCAAGUCCAAAGGACGUAGUGUAUGUAUACACAGCAGAUCCCUCUGCAACCGCAGGCUCGUAUAAAACACAUUCAUAUAAAACUCCAUCUUUAAUAGAUACAUUUCAUGUUGGACUUUUCCCUCCCCGGUUGGUCUUAAGCUUCCUGUCACAUGGGGUUUGGACAGGUAUGAUUUAGGCCUGUUUCUCUGGGUCUUCCUGUAACACAGCCUAGGGGAGUGAUUCAUGGCUGGAUCAGGGCCAAACCGGACCAAAGUGGG